AUCCCGGUGAUGCUGCCGCUUAAGUGUUGCAUGCUGAAGAGUCCCGACGCCUGCCCCCCGGUAGCAUGAAGAACCGCUCUGCGCGUGGACAAAAGGGGAAAUGAAGAUGAAGAUAAAAGUGUGCCAAGGGGUUAGUGGCAUCAUCAUCGUUACCAUGGUUACAGGCUUUUUGUUGGUGUACAAUAGCAGCUCUGGUGACAGAUCAGCUUCCUUAUCAAGUUCUUCCUCCUCAUCAUCCUCUCACCGUUUGGAUGCGCCUGUUCAGUCCACAAAAAGACUGGUUACACCACAGAGGCUCCAAACGCCAUCUCUGGAGGGGUACUCAGGUGUCAUGGAUCAUAAGCUGCUGAAAAUGCACUGCAGGAAUUGUGCCCUGGUGACCAGCUCUGGCCAGCUGACUGGAAGCAAGAGGGGAAAAGAAAUCGACCGCUCUGAGUGUGUUAUUCGUAUGAACGAUGCUCCCACCUUAGGGUAUCAGCAGGACAUUGGACAGCGCACAAGCCUGCGCGUUAUAGCUCACUCCAGCCUGCAAAGGGUGCUGCAGAGCAGACAGGAACUCCUCAACAUGAGCCAAGACACCGUGUUCAUCUUCUGGGGACCAAGCAGCUGCAUGAGACGAGAUGGAAAAGGGCAUGUUUACAACAAUCUAAGGCUUCUAAACCAGCUGCUACCCAAGCUUAAAGUCUUCAUUAUUUCCAGGAUAAAGAUGCUGAAGUUUGAUGAAUUAUUUAAAAAGGAAACUGGGAUUGAUAGGAAGAGUUCCAACUCGUGGUUGAGCACCGGCUGGUUUACUAUGGCCAUAGCUCUGGAGCUUUGUGAUAGGAUCAACGUCUAUGGCAUGGUGCCUCCUGAUUUCUGCCGAUCCUCCUCCCAUCCUACUGUACCAUAUCAUUACUAUGAGCCCUCGGGGCCCAGCGAGUGUUCCAUGUAUCUUUCUCAUGAGAGAAAUCGGCGAGGAAGCCACCACCGCUUCAUCACGGAGAAGACGGUGUUUGCAAACUGGGCUCGAACCCAUAACGUCCACUUUUACCAGCCAGACUGGAAGCCCUCUCCCAUCGUCACCAGCGCGAAUAGCUCGUACACUCCAGUUCCAGCUGGAUCCUGAGACGCACCCCAGAGACAAUCCCCAGAAACGGGAAAUAUGUGUCUGGACAGUUUCCAGCGUUCAGAUUCCCUCUCUGGCCAAUAUGAAUAUAUGAGACAGCAGUAGGACAGAGCAAGCUGCUUGUGGCUGUUAGCUGACUGUCUAAGCAGCUUGGCAGAAUGGGAUCAUUGCAUAACAGCAGCACAAAGCCUCAACAAUGUUUUGGAAGUGUAACUCUAAAAGGAUGAAUUUCAUACUGGAAUCAAAGCCAUGAAGGUUGUCUCAAGUGUGCUUUUUUUUUCUCUCUCUUUUUUUUUUUUACACAAA